AUGAACUUCUCGAUUCCAGGAAGAGGCCUAGUGGGUGAAGCUGGAAUUCUAUACAUGGAGUAUCUUGUUGCAUCUAGGACUCCACUGCUGUCGGCCCCUCAUGAGAGUCUAAUGGAGGAUCUGGUUUGGCGACGUUUACGAGUGUGCCUGUCUAAAUCGUACUGGUUUACAUUAGCUGCCUUAGUAUGUCAAAAUAUCGAACACAAAAGAGAAGAAGAAUAUAUGAAGGCUAUGGAGUUUUUGUAUUCCCAACUUUCCUUGGAUUCUGGUGCUGACUAUUCUUGCAUGGUCUUCGACAACACCUUAGCUGAGCUCUUGUCCGAUGUCUACGAAAGAAAUCAUAUGCAACCUAGCUCAGAUUUGCUGUUCUCGUAUGCGUAUAGAAGCUGUAUGAAUCCUGAAGGUCGAGAUGUGCUGGCACGAGAACAAUCCAGGAGAGGUCAACGAUUACUACGAACACUCGCCGCUCAGUUGUUUGAUACACAUUUUUGA